AUGUGUCCUGCAAGAGAAUUUAAACUCAACUGGGCCGGGUAUAGGUCGUGGGUAGCGGGUGAGUCAGGAACCGAGUCAGGAACCGAGUCCGGGUCAAGGCCCAAAGGUGUUAUAAGAGAUGGGUCAGGGGGUUCGUCUUCCUCAGCAAGCAAAAGGAAAACCCUAGACGCGCAUUUGUGCCCGCGGUGGUACUUCUCGUCACAACUGAAGCAAAGAUCUCGUUCACGGCGCGAGGCUAUUUCCUCGGAGGUGAGUCGCUUGAAGGAUGGUGGGGGUGGUCUGGGAGAAGGAAUGGCGGUCGAAAUUGGGCGAGGAGCCAUGGAGGGUGAAGGUGGAGGGAGGCUGAGACGAGGUGGGCCAGAUGGGGAAAGGGAAGGUGGGGGUCGAGACGGUCGGGGAAAGGGUACUGGUGGUCACAAGUCAAAUAGUUUCUCCUCCUGA